GCGGGCGAUGGUAUUGGUCGUGCUGCUGCAUUAAGUUAUGCCCUACACGGCGCAACUGUGGUGCUGCAUGGGCGUACCUUAAAUAAGCUCGAAGUCAUUUAUGAUGAAAUUGAAGGCUUAGGUGCGCCGCAACCUGCAAUUUUACCCUUGCAGCUGUCGAGCGCCUCUCCUCGUGAUUAUGAAUUAUUGGUCGACACCUUAGAACGCCAAUUUGGGCGCCUAGAUGGCAUUUUGCAUAAUGCGGGCAUUUUAGGUGAGCGCACCGAACUGGAAAAUUAUCCUGUCGAUGUCUGGGAUGAUGUCAUGGCCGUCAACUUGCGUGCGCCAUUCGUUAUGACUCAAGAGUUAAUGCCACUCCUGAAAAAAUCUGAGCAUGCCUCCGUGGUUUUUGCCAGCUCAGGUGUCGGGCGUGAAACGCGUGAACGUUGGGGCGCAUAUUCCGUGUCUAAGAUCGCGAUUGAAGCGGUCAGCCAACUGUUUGCCAAAGAAAAUACCUCACCGAAUAUCCGCUUUAACUGUAUCAAUCCGGGGGCGACCCGCACAGCGAUGCGUGCCAAAGCCUAUCCUGAUGAAGAUCCAAAAACAUUGCCGACACCUGAAAAUAUCAUGCCUGCCUAUCUGUACCUGAUGGGUGAUGACAGUUUGCAUAUGAAUGGUCAGAGUAUUGAUGCACAGGACUAA